AUGGAUGAAGAUAACUUUUAUUUUAAUAAUCAGGACAAUAGAAUAGAUUUAAAUUCCAUCGAUGAUUUCCAAAAUACUACCGGUAAUACCAAUAAUAAUGGCAAUAAUAACAAUGAUAACGAUUUUUUAAACUUUUUUGAUCCUAAAUCCUUGGAUAACAGUAACAAUAACAAUAUUAUUCCUAAUUUAAACAAUAGCAAUAACAAUUUUAGUAUGAAUACUCAGAAUAAUGUGGCAAACAUGAACAUGACAGGGUUUGUACCAAAAACUAACAAGAAUACCAAUCCAGUCACCAUUAAUAACAAUCGUAAUAACAGCAAUGUUAACUUACAGCAAUAUUCGCCACAAACUACUAUAGGAACUCCCUAUACUCAAAAUAGUUAUAAUUCGCCGUCUGUAUUGACUCCUCAGGCUAUUUUAGCUAGAAACGCUUAUAGUAAUUCUCCUAAUCUAACACAACAACAACAACAGCAACAAACAAUUCAGCCAUUCGUUUCUGAUAAUGGCUUUAAUAAUAAUAUUAACACCAGAUCUGGCAGCAACCUAGUACUAUCUCCAACCUAUAAUAAUAACAGCAGCACUACUAUUAAUCUAGAACAAGGUGCUGCUAGUAAUACCUCACUAAUUCCAACAGAUCAAAACAUGAGUACUGUGAAUAACGUCAAUAAUUUAAAUAAUGACAGCAGCUAUGAGAGUAGAAAUAACAGUAAAGUAAAUACUCCUAGCGCAAGAAAUGAUAUUGUCUAUGCUGACAGAGCCGCUAUGCUAACUGCAUUGAAACAACAAAAAAUACUUCAGGAAAAGCAGAAAGAAGAAAAAUUAAAACAGGAACAAAUUUUACAAGCAAACCUUAAAAAGCAACAGCAAGCUCAGGCACAAAUGGAAAGACAACAACUGCUUCAGCAGCAACAGCAACAGCAACAGCAACAGCAACAGCAACAGCAACAGCAACAGCAACAGCAACAGCAACAGCAACAGCAACAGCAACAGCAACAGCAACAGCAACAGCAACAGCAACAGCAACGGCAACAACAACAGCAACAACAACAGCAACAACAGCAACAACAACAACAACAACAACAGCGACAACAACAGCGACAAAUACCUAAAAAUCAAGUUAAAGUUCCAAUGUCUUUAGCGAAUUUAGAUACAGAAACUCAAAAAAGAAUAAUCACAGAAGUAAGCGCUAAACAAGGAGAAUUAUUCAUGCAAUCCUUAAUUGAAUUAUUUAAAAGAAAAAAUUUUCGUUUGCAACAAACACCUGAAGUUAAUGGCAAUAGAAUUAAUUUAUUUUUAUUAUACACACAAGUACAAAAGUUAGGUGGCGGUGAAAAAGCUAAUCAAAAUUCACAAAAUUGGAUUGAUAUUGGUACUAAAUUAGGGGUAAACAUGUCUAUCAACCCUGUAGCAAGUGCCAGUCAAUUAGCCACAAUUUAUUUUCAAAUUUUAUUGGCUUAUGAAAAAUAUCUGACUUCACCUGAAGGAAUUCGUGAAACUCAAAUUAAACGGGGAAUCUUGCACCAAUUUUUACAAGAAACUUUUUCAAAGUAUACUAGUGGCAAUAUAAACAUCAACAACGCCAAAGAUAAUAACAACGAAUCUGUUAUUGUUAAUUCCACUACCCCCAAUGCUACAGCCAUUCUAAAUAAUAAUAAAAUCAAUACCUCGACGCCAGCUACUAGUAAGAGCAACAACGUUACUACUGUAAACAAUAAUAUUACUGCUCCAGAAGUACCUGCUGAAAAACCAGCCCCAAAGAAAAGAGGUCGUAAGCCCAAGGACCCGAAUGCUCCAAAAAAACCAAGGAAAAAAAGAAAGACCAAAAAAGAAAUGGAAGAGGAACGUAGGAAAGAACAAGAAAGUAUUAAACAAAAGGAAUUAUUAUUUGAACAAGAAUUUCAAAGACAAAAAACAUUGUUAUUACAAAAAAGACAGGAAGAAUUAAAUAAAUUACCAAGGAUACACGUUAAGUCGUUUAUUAGAAAUUAUGUUCCACUUGCAAGACCUUUACAAAACGUUAAUGGUUACGAUAUCAAUUUAGUUUCUAAGUUGGGAGAAAAGAUCGAUUUUUUAAAACCGGUUUUUCUUUUUGCACCGGAAAUUGGAACAGUAAACCUUCAUGCAAUGGCGAUGUGUUUACAAAGUGGCAUGCUAUCUCAUGUCAAUACUUGCCUAAACACUUUGCUGAUUAUUAGUGCUGAUUCUACACAAGAGUUUACUUUAUAUCAAUCAACCGAACUAAUAGAUGCAAUCUGUGCCUUGGCUGUUAAAUUAAUUCAUAAGAUAGUUGUCUCUGAUGUCAAUAAUAACACUAAUAAAAAAAAACAAAGGCUAGGGUAUCAAAAUCGUUAUUUACCAUUUACUUUGGAGGAUGUAGAAAAAUAUGAAAAUUCUGGUAAUGACGAACACUUGAAGACUUUAAAGGAAACUGUAUCUAAUGUUGUCAAUUUGAAAGUAGACUCAUUGACAGGUGUUGAUAUUCAACAAAUCCCCAUAACUCAGGUUAAAGAUCCGGCUAGUGUUUAUUUAGAUAUGUCUAUACCACAAGAAACGAAUGUUUCAAAAUCAUCGAGCCCUAAUCAUACAAAAUUUUGGAAUUACUUACCACCACCUUUAAAAACAGAAUUGCUGUCAACGCCUACCAAUACUUUUAACAAGAAACUAAACAUAGAAGCAUAUAUAACCAGUUUACGUGAUGUUAAGGAUGAAGUUGAUAAUCAUUUUACUAAAUUAGUUACCAAGAGUGCAGAGGAUAUUCAUACUAUGCAUUGUGAACAAUUGUCCACUAUUUCGAUGAUCUUGAGGAACUCAUCGUUUAGUGAUUUCAAUUCUCGUGCUUUAGCUGGUAAUACAAACUUUAAAAGAUAUUUAUUCGACUUGUUGUUUGCCAUUUUUUUAAAUUGUGAUACCUUCCCCCAAGCAAGGAAAAUUUUGUCAUUUAAAAAGGAUACAUCUUUUAUUUUAUCUAAUAUAUCACAUUUAUUGCAAUUAACAAGUUUGAGUGACUCUUUAUUGAUAUUAUUUUUGUGCGUUAGUUUGGGUAUAAAAGAUCUGGAUUCAGGUUUAGCAUUUAAGGGCAACGUGGAAAAGACAAAAUUAAAUUACGAAAGUUAUUGUAUGGAUAUUAUAGCCAAAUUAUUAAGUUUGGGGAAUCCUAAUAAGAUUUUUUUCAAAACCAUAUUAUUCCAUGAUUUUACGGAACCUUUAGAUGCUGAUAACAAAAAUGGUAAAACUACUACCGGGGAAAAUUCAAUUGAGUUUUUCCAUUCUGACGAUUUGAAAAUAUUUCAACGUCUUUUGAAAAGUUAUCAUGGCGAUGAAAAAAAGGAUUUUAAACUUUUAAAGGACUUACUAUAUGUUAUGUCAUCUAAUAUACCUUUGCCUUUAAGUGAGCUCAGUGACAAUAUUACGGGGUUUAUUAAUAUUUUCCCAACCAUAGCUCAAACUGUUACGGUUAUUUUAUCAUUUACCAAAUUCAUCGAGGAAAUGACAACCCCAAAGAAAAGUGAAUUGGCCUUUGAGAUAUUAUCUUCGUCCGCAGACAGUUGCUCUCACUUUGGUGUUUUGUUGAACUUUUUUGCUAAGCAGUUGUUGGCUUUUGGGAGCUUAUUAAAAUCUGGCAAGACUGAUUUUCCAGCAGAACAUUUAAAAAUAUAUUUGCCACUUGUGUUUUCUACCGUGAAAAAGUCUUUUGAGUCUUUAAAGAUAUUACUCCAGGUAUCUUGUGAGAAUUUUUAUUUAAUUGACAUUCAAGGCGAUUAUGAUAAAUUGGAAGAAAACUUGAAGUCGAUGGAAGAGAUUAACGAAAAUAGAAAAUUAUUUUACGCACGUGAACAAGAAAUAAUUAAAUAUAUAGAGAUAUUAUUUGCUAUACCUAAUUUAAUUCCGAAGGACCAGUAUUUGAUGAGGAUGAUUACUAGCCAAACAAUUGAACCUAGUAUUAUUAAAGAAUUGAUUGAAAUACAUCAAAUAAGAAAUAAGUUGGCAAAUAAGUUGCAUUUGGCUUGA